ACAAAGUUAAAAUAGGGAAUUUAGUCGAGGAAUACCAACGCCGGUCGGCGGUUAGAGACGUGGUCGCUGCUCAGCGUCGGUUACGCUCCAUUUUUUCAUCUCUUUGGCCAUCGUUGCCGAAACGCGUGUAUUUAUCCGUGUCGACACUAGUGUGAUUGUGUGGUGAUUUCAGUGAUCGUUUGCUUUCGGGUCUUCUUCAGUUACAAGUGCGUCAAGAGUUUGUUGGAUUUUUGGUUUGGCUUAAUUGAUAUGGGCGCAAAUGUGCGCGCAUCUUGGAUUUUAAUUUAAACACAUGGUGAGCCUCUGCGUGCGGCCACCCAGCCGCGCAGCAGUGGCGGCCACGGCAGGCGCCGCGCACUGGCUCGCCGGCGCCCCCCGCUACCGACCUUAGGAUGCGCGGGCGAUGCGCGGCGGCCUGUGCACCGUGAGCGCCCCCCUGGCCGCGUGCAGCAGCCCUCCCUCCGCCGGCGCCCCCUUGCCGCCCUCGGCCCGCUUCCUCGCCCUCCACCUGCUCCACCAGCAGACGUUGUACUUCGUGGCCACGGCCAAGUCGAGGGUGCGCGAACUCUACCUGCAGACAUGUAGGCACUUCGCGCAGCAGGGCAUGUUGGACACCGAUCUGUUCGGAUUGGCGUUGAUUUGCGAUGGCGAGUACCUGUUCGCCGAACCCGAUAGCAAGCUCUCCAAGUACGCGCCGAAGAGCUGGCGCUCGUCCCACAGCCAUGGCCUGGACGCGAACGGCCGCCCCGCCCUCGCCUUCUACUUCCGCGUCCAGUUCUACGUGGACAGUCCGCUCCUGCUCCGGGACGAGACCACCCGCCACCACUACUACUUGCAGCUGCGGCUCAACGCGGCCUCGGGGGCGGCGGGCGACCACGCCGCUCACCUGGCGGGGCUGGCGCUGCAGGCCGAUUUGGGGGACUUUAACGAAACUACUAGUUACAGACCAGAAGAUUAUGUACCACCGAACAUGCGAGGCCCAGCUGCGUUACGGUCUAUCGAGGCAGCCCAUAGAUCGCACAGGGCAUUGUCCAAAACGGAAGCUCGCUCGCGAUUCAUAGCAGAGGCGUGCCAACUUCAAGAACCUGUUAAUGCUCAUGUGUUUAGGUUAAAAGCUUCGAAAACUGAACCCAUCCCAGGCUCCCUCCUUCUAGCGGUGUGCGCUAGAGGUUUGAGGGUGUGCCCGGAAAACAAUCCCCCCUCCAUCUUCCUCUGGAGCAGCAUCAGCAAACUGAGUUUCGAGCGGAAGAAGUUCGAAAUCAGGACCGGUCACGAAAAACUCACCCUCUACACUACCAGCGACGAGAAGAGUCGUCUGUUGCUGGCUCUGUGCAAAGCGACCCAUCAGUUCAGCAUGGCGGUGGCGCCUCGCUUGAACGAAGCGAGGCGGGAAGAAGAGGAAAGACAGAGAUGGGGAUGCGAUCAGAGGGUGUCAGUGAUCAGCUCGACGUCGUCGAAUACCACGUCGGGCAUCGUUAGUGAUAGAGUACAUUCCGAGGACGAAUUAGAAAUAAUGAUUACCAGCCCUCCCGCCCCCAGUACGGAGAGUCUAGCUCUAGCUCACCUGCUGGACAGUGCCCCAGCUAGUAGCCGGACUUCAGCGGCAUCCGCCACCGCAGCCCUCACCUCGUUCUCGAUCAAGGAGGACGAAGAGGACGCGCCCAAACAGACGACGAGCGAGAGCUCCGGAAAAACAACCACCAGCAGCAGUGUGAAGUGCGCCGGUUCGCAAUGUAGCUCUUCUUGUAGUACGGUGGUCGUGACGCCUGUGAGCCAAACUAAACCGAAAAGACGUAGACCAUCUACCAGUAGCAGUUUAGAAUUGGGAUACUCCCACACCGCGCAGAAUUCCGCCGUCAGCGAUGCCACCUGCAUAGAAAUAGACACCAGAGAGCCAGUAUACACUGGACCGGCACCCAGCAGCCACACCAGCGGAGUUUACACUCUGACCUCCAGCGAACACUGCACUUUGAGUUCGGCCGAAAACUACGCCAACACCUCAAGUGAAUACGUCGCCACCACCGAAGCCUCUUUCAUGACCGUUAGCAGCGACCAAAUUGACGGCCCUUUUAGGGACAGAGCCAAUUCGAACAUUAGUAAUUCCUCGUUUCAUGGUGACGGAAGCGAUCCAACGAACAAUAAACAGGCGCUGUUAUCAGCUGAGGAGUUGUCAGAUUUGAUCGUAGGACGGUAUCCUUCGAGGAAAAGUGUUAGUAAUACGUUAGAUUCAGAUUCGGAUUAUGUCACCUUGCCUUCAGGGUACCAGACGUACGCUCCUAUUCCUCCCAAGAGAAUUGACAGUGUGGAUCCGAGAUAUCGACCACCUCCUCCACCUUAUAUACAAUCCAUCAAGUUAAAGGAGACAGAAAGUGAUGUUUUGGACUGCGAUCUAGUGAGUUCUUUUUCGGAGAUAUCGAUGAAGGACCCACCGCCAUACCCUGAUAACCCAACGCCAGUUCCCCCUCCGGUGUAUCCAUUUGAAGAAGCGGCUGCCAGGUUUAUAACAACGAGGUCUCCAAAUAUUUUAACUGCUCAUGUUAGUGCAGUGAGUGUUAGUUCAACUCCUAGCUAUUCCGCACCAAGCACUAGCAGCUCGUUACCUCCAAUUCCACCAAAAAUACCAAGACCCACUAUUACGAUGGCUAGUAACGGAAUUGUUUCACCUGGAGGAUCGGUUUUAGUACCGUGCACAUUUCUUCCUCCACCUCCUCAGCCUGCGCCACGUCAACCACCUCCACCGCCACCUCCAGCUUUAGCAACUUUGUACACCAGUCAACUGUCUAGGUCUCAAAUAGAACAAUACCAACAACAGAUGUAUAGCGACGUGGAUUUCGUAGUGUUUCCAUUAAAAGAGCCGGCGAUUAGUAAGCAGGAAUACCUGGAAGCUAAGCAAGGAUCGAUACUAGCUGCGCUAGCCCACCAGCCGGUUUUCUAUCGGAGCACUCCCUAUUUGGGGAGGUACGCGUCAAGUCAGAACUUGUCCGAUACCUACGUGCAAUUGCCAGUAUACGGAGCCCCUAGUAUCGCAUCUUCGGGAAGUUUAGAUCCUCCUCCACCACCCUUACCGCCAACAAGGCCUUCAAGGUUUUUAAGGGCACAGUCGGACGAUAAUAUUUUGAAUUCUCUGGAACAUACGCCUCAACCUCCGAAGUUCCGUAGACUUCCCCCUCCUCCUCCACCUAUUCCUGAAAAGAACAGGGCACUACUUAAGAGACACAAUCUUUUAGAUACAAAACUGACUAAUAUUAAUAGUGUAAACAGUUUGGAUAGGCUUCAUAAUGGAACAGGGGUCGCGGGAGACACCACUAGAGGUUCUUCGGCGUUAGACAUACGUACAUUGAGGGAAAAAAGUAAAAAGCUCGAUUUACCGCUGAUUGCUGCUUUGUGCAACGACAACUCCUUGAUAAAGCAGACGAAGGCGUUUGUAAUGCCCAAGCAUCCCGGAGAGGUGUCGCCUCCUCGACUGGAGAGGAACACCGUCCGGGGGAAGUACCCCGUGUCGGGAUUGAGCAGUACGAAGAUGCAGAAGAAUAGCAGGAAGCUUCCGGCGGUUAGUCACCGUCACCCAGCUGAUAAACUGCCGGAAAUUCCCAGGGCUUUGCCCAAUAACUACGUCAUCACGGGGACGACGACUACGACGAGUCAGGCGAAACAAAAAGGUGUGCAAUCGUAACAGAGACAUUUUUAGGGACGGUAGUUUACUAAAUGCAAGAGAAAUCGUGUAAAUUUUAAGUGUCUAGUGUUAAAAAGUGCGCGCGCAUCUACCAUUUCCUUCCGAUGUGCCUAUAUAUUUUAAGAAUUGAAUAGAGGCCCAGUAAUAUUAUUUAUAUUUAUGUAAAUUGUGGAUGCGCGAAAAAAUUACAGUAUCUGAACGUAUUUGGUGUUAGAAUAUUUAAUUCUGAAAUAUGAAAACUAUUUGGAUAUAGAA